CAGUCCCGCUGGAAAGCGGGCCGAAUGGAGUAGGGGAAACGCCUGGGCAGCGAGGGCGUGAGAAUACAUUGUGUUCGAAUAGAAUCUGCUGGCAGGCUAUGGCAGAAGAUAAACUUUCCAAAAAAUUUACAAGUGAGAUUGAACUACUAAAAGAACUAGAAAAAUGGAAGGAAAAGCUUGAAAAAAUUGAAAAGCAAAAGACUGAAAUCCUUCUUUCAAAACUUGCCCUUGAUGAGAAAAGAAAAAUGAAGCAAAAGGCUCUGACAGAUCUACGAGAGCAGAGUAAUAAGCAAGAAAUGGAAAGAAUGAGGAUACGGAAGAAUCAGCAGGAGCAACUUUCCUUAAUACAUGAGCAAAAUAAUAAGAUGAAAAAGGAAAUUGAUGUCCUUAAGAUGAAUCUGGCAGCAAAGAAAGUGAAACGUGGAGAACUUACAUGCAGUUUUUCGCUUCAGCAAUGCCUACUUAAAAAAAAAAUGAAGUUUGUGAAUCUGGAGGAUGCCAAGGAUAAAGAUGACAGCAUAAACAUGUCCUGCUGUUUUCACAUGGCUACAAAAAUCCCAUUCACGGUGAACCGAGGAGAAGCUCUCAUUCAGUUUGAGGAAGAAUCUGUUGCUCAGCAGGUGAUUAGAAAACAUAACCAUAUCAUCAACUUGGAAAAUAAGGAGAUUGCUUUGAAAGCCUGCCCUGUUGUUUUGGACACUGGAACAACAUUUAAGAUCCAUGUUAAGCUCUCUCAAAUGAUUAUUCAUGUUUCUAACAUCCCAAACGUAGACAUUGCCGAGGAAUGGAUGAGAGAGAAAUUGGAGCUCCUUUUCUACAAAGCGAAACUGGGUGAAAUUCAGAGGAUAUCAUAUGAUCCAUUCUUAAAAGAGGCCAUUGUUACCUUUUGUCAGCCAAUAGCUCUUAAUAAAAUAAUAUGGCAUGGACAAUACUGCAUCAAUGUGUUUGGAAAGACUCAUUUUCUCAAUGUUUCACACCUCAAAAAAAGCAUUGUGGAAAAAGCUCAGAUGUUUUCAGGGACUUCCAGGAAAGCUGUACUAUUAACAGGAAUCAACGCAGAACAGAAAGAUGAGGAGGAUGUGGAAGACAUGAUUGAAAUUCACUUCCAGAAACCCAGCAAUGGAGGGGGUGAAGUGGAUCGAGUGACCUAUAUUCCCAGAGGGAUGAAAACUGCUUAUUUUGAGAUAGAUAAAGCAGAUUUUAUAUGAGACUCUUGAAGAUGUAGACUGGCUCAGCUUCCAGAUACGCCAAGGGUUUUAUUCAGUGAUGGGUUGCUAACCAGUUUACUACCAGUUCACUUGUGCUCGUGUGCAACGCUUCUGUGCAUGUGCAAA